AUGGAUUCAGAAGACGGAGAACUGUUCAUAAAGCAACUUGCCGGCUAUGUUCGGACGCACGAGAAGGCUUUGGCCAACGCUCUUCAACUGCGCCGCCAAGUCCGCCAUAAGCCAUCUCAGAGUACAGGCUCAGCGGCCCUCCUCUCCCAAACUUCCACUUCGCUUCCCGAACGACCAUCUACCUCCGCUUCCACAUCGAGUUCGCUCGCAGCUGCAUUGUCGCUUGGAACCUUAAACUUCACAUCACAUAAUGCCAAAUCCGUAAAAUUGGCUCUCACGCCUCAUCACCUAUUCUACCUACUCUCCCGCUUCGAAGAACUCAGCAUCAACGUCGGUCCUAUGAAAGUCCGGCUUGAAAACCUCCACGACAGUUCAUCCUCCGCCAACUAUGUUUCUUUCCUCAGUAAUACCCAGCGAUCGAGAAGCAAAGGCUCGGAUAUUGAUUCAAUACACUCUGUCUCGAGUAUACGAAGUGUCAUGUCGGGCAUGUCUGCAUUAUGGUCGAGUUUCGGCAUUGGAGCCAGCAUAUCCGCUGCUCGAACCGAACGCCAAAAAGCCGCUCUGGAAGCUGACAUGAAAUACCUCUAUUCUGCUUUUACCAAGGUUCCUUGCUUGAGGUUGGCUCCAGAUUGGCGUGCCCGCCUGAUUCGUGGUUAUGAAGAGUUUCCAUUUGAUUCAGCUGUACCCCUAUACGUUUUCAAGAACCUGCAGGCUCUCGAAGUUAGCAGCAUCGACUUCCGACAAUUCUUUGGCUGGGAUCGUUUAGCUGAUCAGCUGCGUUCUCUUACCCUGAAACGUGCCGGUAUUGAGGACCCCGCGGACAUAUUGAUUGACAUCGUCUUGGAUGAUAUGGACAAACGCCGUCGACGAGUCUCCAAAUCCCAGUCCUCGCCCACUUCAGUUUGGACGGGUAGCGGCAGUCCUCGUCGUAAUAUUGCUCACCCCGAACUUCACCGAGCCGUGUCUGCUCCAAGCUCUCCUGGUGCACACGUCGACAUGCGGGUCGGUUCGUUGACCCCAAGUGAACAUGCUAUCGAAGAGAGCAGCCGUAGGCAGUCUUUGAGCAAGGAUGACGAGCAAGAUGACACCCCACAAACUGUGCACAAGUCUUCUCGUCCCAGGAGCAACUCACCUCCGCGCCCUACCAGCUCUCGAACGCAAUCACAUCCUGUUCGAGGUAACCAUCAUCGCAUGAGGCGAUCGGGAUCUGGCAGUUCUCAUUCCAGCCUUUCUGAUUCUUGGACUGGUCAUCACCAUUCUCGAGGCAGCUCUGGUAACUUACUUGCUAUGGGCGUCCUCCCCACUUCAAAGUGGCGCUUUUUGCGACAUCUGAGUCUGGCUGACAAUUCCAUGACUUCCAUUCCGCAAAAUAGUCUGGCACCCCUAUCCAACACACUUUACUCUCUGGAUAUUUCCUCCAACCUCUUCAGCCAGGUCCCAGACAGUCUGGCUACUCUGACCGCCCUUAGAGCUCUGAACUUGUCUCACUGCAUGAUCGACUCUCUCCAGUCCUUGACCCGCAACCCUCUUCCUGCCAUCACAGCUCUCAACCUUCGAGCAAACAGGCUCCAGAGCCUUGCUGGCGUUGAGAAGCUGGUUCCUCUUGAGAGACUCGACUUGAGAGAUAACCGUCUAGUCGACCCAAUGGAAUUGGCGAGAUUGACAGGUAUCCCCGACAUCCACGAGAUUUGGGUUGAGGGCAAUCCCUUCACUCGUACCCACAAGGAUUAUCGCAUCACCAUCUUCAAUCUCUUCCGCAAAGCUCCAGGCUAUACUGAUGACGUGAUUAUUGAUGGCAGUGGUCCAAGUUACGUUGAAAGACGAUCACUGGUUGACCGCCCCCCUAUCCCGGACUCAAUCCCUGUCGUCAAGCCACAGGCUCCUGAGGUGCCUACUGUUGAUGUCAGCAAGCCUGCCAUUAUUUUCAACCCUCCCAAAGAGCCAGCUGUCCUCCGAAAGGAACGGCCUACGCCUAAGGCUGUCAUGAGUGAAAUUAACACCAGCUCGACACGUCGGCGAAAAACUCCAAAGAGGCGAAUCGUGGAUUUGGCCACUUCUGAUACCCCAUCCUUCCCAUCCCCAGUCGAGGUUCAAGUGGCGAAGCCGGCUGGCAAGCAGCCCAAGUCUCCGCUCACUAACGACGGAAACUACCGGAUAUCCCAGCAACCUGAAGGCCAGGUUUUGCCGCCGUCCACAUUAUCGUCCGAGUCGCAAGUUGUCAGCUCACCUGAAGUACCACGAGUUGACACCAACAUCUUCACCGACAUCCCAGCUGCUUACUCAUCUAACGAUGAUGCUUCCACUUGGAAGGAAUCCCAGGACUGGGAUGCCGGUGGUGAAAUAUACCGUCAGAAGAUUGAAGCCUUGCGGAAUACUGUUGGCAAUAGCUACCUUUCUGUCUUGAGCGAAGAGACUUGGGCUCCCAGCCGCCCGGCAGACUUUUCCACGCCUAAUGUCCCAUCCGGUACAGCCAUGCGCACAGCACACACUCCUAUCCACGCCCCUCAGGCUCAAGCCAUACAUAGUGGUCGGACCUUGGGCUGA